CCGUCAAGGUGCCCCGCCUCUGGCUGACGACACUCCACGCGGAGAACAGGGCGAUAGAAAUCUGCAUGGAGAGUUUUGAUUUUGCCCACUCUGUGCUAUAAACAUUGAGUUACCAGCACCAUGUUCACUCUAAGGAAUACAUUUCGUCAUAGUCUUAAAACAGUCCAGUAUAACCAGUUGAAGAAUUUUAGGGUGGGGAGAGGAUGUUUAGGGUCUGUCCAUUUGAAGGGGCGCAGUUUUCUAACGCUGAAAGAUUUCAACCCAGACGAGAUCAAACACAUCCUGUGGGUGUCUGCGGACCUGAAACACCGAAUCAAGCUCCAGGGAGAAUAUCUCUCCCUUCUUCAAGGUAAAUCUGUCGCCAUGAUAUUUGAGAAGAGGAGCACGAGGACUCGCAUGUCCACUGAAACAGGGUUCUCUCUGUUGGGAGGACAUCCAUGUUUUCUCACCCCUCAGGACAUUCACCUGGGAAUCAAUGAGAGCACAAAAGACACAGCCAGAGUGCUCUCUGGUCUGACUGAUAUUGUGUUAGCCCGGGUGUACAAUCACUCUACUCUGGAGGAGCUGGAUAAGGAAGCAUCUAUACCAAUCAUCAACGGCCUGUCUGAACUUUACCACCCUAUACAGAUACUGGCUGACCUGCUUACACUAAAUGAGCACUAUGGCUCUUUGAAGGGCCUCACAGUGGCUUGGAUAGGUGAUGGCAACAAUGUGCUUCACUCCUUCAUGAUGUCACUGCCCAAGCUGGGUGUCAAUCUGAGAAUAGCCAUGCCCAAGGGUUAUGAACCAGAUGCUACCAUCACUCGGGAGGCCCAGCAUCUCUUCAAGCAGUUUGGUACAGAUUUGCAGUUGUUCUCAGAGCCUUUGGAGGCAGCCCAGGGCAGUAAUGUGCUGGUGACAGACACAUGGGUCAGCAUGGGCCAGGAGGAGGAGAAGAGGAAGAGGAUUAAGGAUUUCCAAGGCUACCAGAUCACUAUGCAGACAGGAAGUGUGGCUGCUUCAGACUGGACUUUCCUGCACUGUCUUCCACGGAAAUCAGAGGAAGUGAACGAUGAGGUUUUCUAUUCACCACGCUCUCUGGUGUUCACAGAGGCUGAGAACCGCAAAUGGACCAUCAUGGGGCUGAUGGUAUGUAUCUUGACUGAUUACAGGCCUCAAAUCCCCCAACUAAAACUGUAACAUUUCAGAAUAUACUUUGACAAAAAAAAAAAAAAGGCAUGUUUGCAGUAUGUUUUAAAUUUGAGUUGUGUUUUGUGUCAGACAACUUCAGUAUUUAAGGCUGCAAAUCCAAAAUAAAAUAUUUGAAAAUGGAAAAA